ACCUGGUCGAGAUAAUAUUACAUGCGUGCUCUAUUUUGUCUCUUUCUCCUCUCUUCCAUCUGUGUAGAGUGAGUGACAGUCGGAGUCAAUGCUAUGGACGCAAUUGGAGAGGUUACGCACGCUUUGCCCGACAGAUUACUUGCCUCCUUCAGGUUGCUGGUUGAAACCUCCUCCGAUUCCAACCCCGUCGAUGCCGUCAUCUUCGUCGGACUGUCUUUGAUGCUCGGAAUUGCUUGCAGGCAUGUUCUGAGCGGCACCAGAGUCCCUUAUACUGUUGCUUUGCUCAUCAUCGGAAUCGCUUUUGGAUCUUUAGAAUAUGGCUCAAAUCAUAAAUUAGGGAAGCUUGGGGAUGGCAUCCGUCUUUGGGCGGAAAUUGAUGGUGACCUUCUAUUGGCUGUUUUUCUUCCUGCUCUACUUUUCGAGAGUGCAUUCUCGAUGGAAGUUCACCAGAUAAAGAGGUGUAUGGCACAAAUGAUUCUACUUGCUGGUCCAGGAGUUCUCAUUUCAACUUUCUGUCUUGGAUUAGCUUUGAAGCUCACUUUUCCAUAUGACUGGAGUUGGAAAACAUCGUUAUUGCUUGGGGGGCUUCUUAAUGCAACUGAUCCUGUUGCUGUGGUUGCCUUGUUCAAAGAGCUUGGUGCAAGCAAAAAAUUGAGCACUAUAAUUGAAGGAGAAUCUUUGAUGAAUGAUGGGAUUGCAAUCGUGGUUUACCAGCUAUUCUAUAAAAUGGUUCUUGGACAGAGCUUUACUUGGGCCACCAUUAUUGAAUUUAUGGCAAAAGUCUCACUUGGAGCUGUCGGAAUUGGCAUUGCUUUUGGAAUUGCUUCUGUUUUGUGGCUUGGGUUUAUUUUCAAUGACACAGUGAUUGAGAUUGCACUGACACUUGCUGUGAGCUACGUUGCUUAUUUCACAGCUCAACUAGGGAUUGAUGUUUCUGGUGUUUUGGCAGUUAUAACUUUGGGAAUGUUUUAUGCUGCAUAUGCAAAAACAGCAUCGAAGGGGGGAAGUCAACAGUGCUUGCAUCACUUCUGGGGAAUGGUUGCUUACAUUGCAAAUACAUUAAUUUUCAUUUUAAGUGGUGUUGUUAUAGCUAAAGGUGUUCUUGUGGACAGCAAGACUUUUGUGAAUCAUGGAUAUUCAUGGGGUUAUCUUGUUCUUCUCUAUGUCUUUGUGCAAGCAUCCCGUUGCAUUGUUGUUGGGGUAUUAUUUCCAUUUUUGCAAUAUUUUGGAUAUGGUUUGGAUUUGAAGGAAACUGCCAUUUUAAUAUGGUCAGGCUUGCGAGGGGUUGUUGCAUUGGCACUUUCACUAUCAUUUAAGAAUUCCAGCGUGAGCUUAACAACUAUCAAUUCAGAAACAAGAAGCCUAUUUGUUUUCUUCACUGGUGGAAUUGUAUUCUUGACACUAAUUAUUAAUGGAUCAACUACACCAUUUAUUUUACAUUUUCUGGGUAUGGAUAAGCUCUCAGCAACGAAGAGACGUAUACUGGACCAUACAAAGUAUAAAAUGUUGAAAGAAUUAGAGGCUUUUGAAGAUCUUGGAGAUGAUGAGGAACUUGGACCUGCUGAUUGGUCUACGGUAAAGAGAAAUAUUGCAAACUUAAAUACUCUGGAGGAGGGGAAUCUUGAUCCUCAUAGUGCAUCAGAAAAUGAGGGGAAUCUUGACCCUACAAAUUUAAAAUAUAUAAGGAUACGCCUCUUAAAUGUUGUCCAGGCAGCUUACAGGAGGAUGCUUGACGAAGGAAGAAUUACACAGGCAACUGCAAAGAUUUUGAUGCAAUCAGUGGAUGAAGCAAUUGAUGUAGCUUCUCAUGAGCCUUUAUGCGAUUGGAAAGGUUUAAAAGCUAUUGUCAACUUCCCAAAUUAUUACAAGUUCCUUCAAACAAGAAUGUUCCCACAAAAAUUGGUUACAUAUUUCACUGUGAAAAGACGGGAAUCUGCCUGUUACAUUUGUGCUGCAUUUCUUCGUGCCCAUAGAAUUGCACAAAGGCAACUUCAUGACUUUUUAGGUGACAGUAGCAUUACUUCUAUUGUAAUUAAUGAAAGUGUGGCAGAAGGAGAAGGGGCAAGAAAGUUCUUGGAAGAUGGUCGUCAAAAAUUUCCUGAGGUUUUGCAGGUUGUUAAGACAAGACAAGUAACAUAUUCAGUGCUGAAUCAUCUGAUUGACUAUGUUCAAAACCUUGAAAAGGAUGGAUUAUUGGAAGAGACGGAGAUGCUUCAUCUGCAUGAUGCUGUCCAGACUGACUUAAAAAGGCUUUCGAGGAAUCCUUGUUCUGUUCAUUCUUUCCUAGGGGCCCUUCCCUAGGAAUAAGCUAAA